CGGUUGCACUCAGUCAUCGUUGCGAUCCGCGAUGAGGCAGAAGCUCAAGCCCACAUUUAUCAAGCGUUAGGCAAGCCGAGUGGUUCGAGCAGCAGAUCCCGGAAAGAUGUUCAUGCAGUCGGCAGUCGGUCAAGGACAACGGGACACUCGAACGCGACUGGAUCCUUGCUUCACUAAAGGCAGGCGGUGGAUUAUGGGCCUGAUCCUGGGGUACGCAAUUAUGUCUCUCAUGGUAGUGAAGGUCGCCUCCGCAGCCACUCUGUAUCAACAGCACCAGCAGCAGCAGCAGCAUCUACAGCAGCAAUCUCCGAACGACAUUGAGUCCUCCGCAGACGAACCAUCCCAGCUCAGCACAGAGACCGAGCCCUCGGACAGCGACAGCGACAUCGAGAAGAUGCGGGCCAAGUUGCAGCAACUGCAGCACGAGCAGCAGCAACAGUACCUGCGCCAGCAGCAGCAUCAGCUGCAGCUGCAUCUGCAGCAGAUGCAGGCGUCGCAGGGAGCUGCUGGGGAAACCGCCUACUUAUUGGAGCGUGCCGACAGCAACGUUGCACCCAUCUACGGGACGUGGCGCACGAAAGCGCAACGGCAGCAACAUGCAACAUCGUCACACGAACCGGACGACGCCCAUGUGUACGAGCGUCUGCCCAAGCGAUCGGCGACCAUGACGCCUCUGAGGGGGCUGCUGCGAGAUCAGAUGCCACGCCCCCCGCGCCUCACUACCCAGGAUAUGCAAUUGUCCCUGGGCUCGCCCACUCCGCCGCCGGCGCCCACAAAGGGUUUGCUGCGGCGGCAGUACUCCGAAACGCCGGGCACACGAGCUCUUCGCGGUCAGGAAGAGUUCAAGCCCAAGCCGUUCCACUUUCCCUACGAAGGUCCCAUGCCGGAGCAGUUCACCAAGGGUGAGGGUCGUCCCGAACUGAACAACAUCCAGGACAUCCUGCAGCACCUGCACAUCGGAGGCUUAGCCCCCAGCAAACUGCCACCCAUGGUGAUGAUGCCCACGGGUCUCCACAUCGCAGGUACUUUCAAGAACUUCAAGUCCAGCGGAAUUGGGAACUUUUUCCGCGGCAAGCGCAACAAGAAACAGAUGCAGUUCAGCAUUCCGAUGCCCAUGUUUCCCAUGAUGUCUAUGCCCAUGCCGUGGUAUAAUCCCGGUGUUUUGCCCCAUCAAAGGGUGUCCAUCGAUCAACUCUAUCCUUACAAGCCCCGUUCGCCGCAGGAUGUUAACCUGUUAGCCAUGCAGCCACUGGGAAACGGAAAACCGUUGUCUAAAAAGAAGAAAAAGAAGCAGCAACAGCAGCUGCAGCUCCAGCAGCAACUGCAACAGCAGCAGCAACAACAGCAGCAACACCUACUGGAGCAUGGCAGUCAGCAGCAUUUUGUGGCAGAUCCCUUCGUGCAACAGCAUUUUGCACCCCCUGUGGUCACACUGAAUGCCACUCGAAAGCCGCACCUGAAGAGGGUUCCUUUUAAGGUCAAUCUGGAUAUAUAUCCUGUGCUGCCGCCUUCGCGUCCUGCCUCGGUGAUGCGACAUCCUUUCCAUCAAGACUAUGUCCUGCCCUCGCCUGCUGCCUUGACUGGAACCACGGCGGCCGCUUUUCAGAUGGGUCAGGGCAUGUACCAGACACCCUUUAAGUUCCCCACCCAACAACCCGUAGUCUUCCCUGACCAGGCUACCAGAUACAGUCAGCAGCAGGCCUUGUACCACAACCAGGCCCACAAGUUUCCGCCUCCGAAGAGCGUGCAUCCGGAUGAGCCCAUCUAUGGACAGAGUUCUGCACAGGCUCAAGGUCAAGUGGAGAGCCAAACGAACCCCAUCAUGCUGCACUUAAAUGUGUUCCCCAAGCAGAAACCAACUGCCACGAUUCGCGCCUCCACCAAUCCAUUCUACCAACACAACAUGCAACGCAACACGGUCAAUUCGAAUGACUUGCCGCCACCCAAUCCGCCCAGUCCCAUUGAACCCAGACAGGCAGUCAAUGGCAGUGCCACUGGUCUGCAACAGCAACCACAGCAGCAGCAGCAACACCAUCCGUUGCAUAAUCAAACCCUGCAGCAACAUCAAGCGACGCAGCAGCAACAUUUGCAAUCCCAGCCUGGCAAUCGAUCCAGUACCAUUUCGCGCAGCGAUCAUCUGCCGCUGAUUGACUUUGAGCAUCCUAUUGUGGCGGCUGAGCUCCCAGAUCCUUCCACCUUUGGCAGCAUUCGGCAGGAUCAUCGAUAUAGGAAAACCCCGGUGGAUGAGCACUAUCGUUAUCCGAAGAACGCCAAUAUCGAACAGAUGGCAGCGGAGGCCCAGACCGCCUCGCUUUUCCGCUUUCCCGUCGAGGAUCUGAUACAGUUCCAGGUGGACGAUGCUCUCUAACCACUAACUACGCUAGUUGCACUUAGAGUAAGUUAGGGCUAGGUGUUCCGCAUAGCAGGGACUUAUUCACCUUGAAUAAUUAAAUUAAAUAUAGCUAAAUUGUAUGUUUUAUAUAUAUAAUAAUAUUAUAUGAACGUAUCUCAAU